AUGCAAACACAGGCCUACGAAAAUUUAGCUUUGCGGAAACCUGCAUGGCAAGCAAACAUAUGGCCCGAUGAUGAUAAAUAUAUAACAUGGGGAGCAAACAAGUCUGUGGAUGGGAAAUAUUCAGAUCGCUCCGCAGAUGGCAACCAGUGUACUAUAUCGCAUUCUAAUCGUCUAACAGCGACACUGCGUGUAGACCUAGAGAGACUGGUCAGCAUCAGUCACAUCAACAUCUACUACAGGACGGAUAAUUUUCCUAGUCCUGGUGCCUUCUAUGAUCGAUUUGCUGGGUUUUUCCUCUUUGUAUCAAACACUACGGCACAAAGCGAUGGUCAUUUAUGUUUCCAUGAUAUACAGAACGUGAACGGCACACCAAUAGAGAACCAGACAAUUAUCUGUCAUGUUUAUGGACGGUAUGUCAUAUAUUACAACGAAAGGAAACUGAACGUGAUGUACCCAGCUUAUUAUUCUAGAUAUGCAUACAACGAAAUAUGUGAAUUGGAAGUCAUUGGAUGCAGCAAUCCAGGAUUUUACGGCAAAAGCUGUGAUAAAAAAUGUCCAAAUAAUUGCCAAGAACAACGAUGUGACAUCAUCACAGGGGAUUGCUUGGGUUGUAUACCUGGACACCAAGGUCCUCGUUGUGAUACGUUAUGCAAUAAAAACUCCUACGGCAUGGAAUGUUCUUUAUCAUGUGGCAAUUGUAGUGACGGUGAAACCUGUCACCAUGUCAACGGAACAUGUAUGAAUGGGUGUAACAAAGGAGCCAAGGGGGAUAAAUGUAAGAAUGAAUGCCAGUUGGGUUAUUACGGAAAGGGCUGUAUUCAUAAAUGUAGUGAUAACUGUGGUGUACCCAACAGAUGUGACAGGUUUACUGGAGAGUGUGAGGGCGGCUGUCAGCCAGGGUGGCAGGGAAUACGUUGUAUUAAGCACACUUUGAAAUGGCACAAUGGCCGGCCUGCUAUUUUAACCCCCGAUGCAGCAAAGGACACGUAUCCGAAUCCACAAUUACAGCUGCCACAAAAUGUGUUGCUAUCAAGAGAUUUUUACCUGGCUAAUCUUGUAUACGAUCGUAUUGGGGUGUUGAUUGUAAAGCAACAUGUAGCCCAGAUUGUGUCAGCCAGACAUGUCAUCACGAGUCAGGAGUUUGUUUGA